CGUAAACGGGCUUCUCCUCAUCGAUGACGCGGUCGGCGGACGAUGAGAGCUUGCCACGGCUGGCAUUGCCACCACCGACACAGCCGUCCCAGCUGUUUGAGCGCUCGUCCAAGCGGUGGCAAGACCCCGUCAGUCUCAGCGCGCGGGAGCGGGAGAAACCCAGCCUCGUCAUGUUUCGCACGAAACCCAGCGUGUUUUCGCCCGUCGACGCUGCCCACCACGAGAUGCUCGGCCACGUAAUCGCUGCUUUUGACACCGACACGGCGCACACGUGUCUCCGCCCGGUCGACAAGCUAUACUGGUACUUUGGCGUCCUGCAGCAGCUUGCACAGGCCGACUCACCCGUGCGCGCCGUCUUGCAACACAUUCGCGAUAUAUUGUGCACUGCGAUUUACACGACCGAGACGCCGACGCGGGGCUUUGAGUUUUGCCACUUGCUACGUCAAGUGAACAACGAGCCGCUCGAGACGGAGCUCGCCAACGUCACUAUCGAGCUCAAGCAAGCGAAGGCACAGUAUAUCCACAAGCGGCAGCGUGCUCGCGACCUCCAAGCCGAGAUUGGCCGCGCCAAGACGCGCCAGGCUGAGCUCCAGGAUCAAUUGGCUAAUGAGAAGCGACUCGUGGCGGCCGAAGACAACAUUUACGAGCAGCUGCUGACCGACGAAGCGGCAAUUGACGCGAGGAUUGCGGCCGCGCGCACUACCUACGACGAGGCCAAGUCCAUUUCGGUGGAGAUUUCAGCCAAGUCCUCGGUCGUGCAAGAUGAGUGCCAAUCGACGCUAAAGUCGUUGCACGAGCAAAAGCUCAAGGACAAACUCGACCAAGCGAUGCUUGCGUCCGUGCAUAGUCUCAAGACAGAAUAUGCCCGCUUGCUCGAAACGAGCCAUUCGAUUGAGUACAAGAUGACGGAACUCAAGGCCCAGCUCGUUGCGGACCAUGCAACAAUCGGCAACAUCCAAGAAAGUCUGCGCCUCGCAGAGAUCGAGAAAGCGGAGCUCGUCGAAGGCACACUCGACCUCCAGCGAAGCCACUCGCCGCGGCCAAGCUGGGACAGCGUGUUUCACUUUCUUCCCGAAGUCGCCUACGUUGACCCAAAGAACCACACGGCGUGGAGCACCAAGACACUCAUUCUCUCCAACAAGAACGGUCUUGUCGGUCGUAGCCAACGCUUUGUGAACGAAAUGUGCCAUUGGCUGCAACGUAUCCAAGGCGACUGCGGCAUGAGCUUGGAGCUCGCGCGCUUGACAAACCAAACAGAAGACGCGCGCCUGGAGCUCAAUUCGCUCCAGAAUCACAUGGAGUUUCUAAUGCGGAAGGAGAAGAAGCAGCGGUCAACGAGCCCCGGGUCACCAGUUUCGAAGAAAAACCUCAUGAGCCACGCAAAAGCCAACUUUGUUGCUGCUGUUCACAGUGUAUCGGCAGUUCGGCGCGCGAGUUUGUCUGACCCAACAAUCGACCCGCCAGCUAAAGAGUACAUUCUGGCCCUCGGAAGUACCCCAGAGGUGCCCCAGUUCCUACGGCACACGGGCAAGGUUCGCAAUCGGCAUAUGACCAAAACGGAGCUCGAGCGCAUCAUUCGAACCGUCUGGACUGGAAAGCGUGUCAAGGAAGCGCAUAUGGGCAAUCACAUUGCUCUCGACGAUUACCUCUACGAGGUGCUAAAGACCAAAUUUGGAAUCCAAACCAUUGUCGCCGAGUGGGGUUACAAUAUUCUUCACAGUCUAAAGCUCUACUCGUGGGACAGCGAGGUUGAUCUCUUUCUUCUCACUCUCACUGGCGCGGUCUCGGAAGCUAUCUACGAGGAUCAAGAGGCCAUGCUUAGUGCGUGUCGACUUGUGCUCAUGCGACUCAACGAGUCCUACUUGGACGCCACGUGGAAGACCGAGCCGAAGCGACUCUUCCUCAAGGAUGCGCUCUUGACUUUGCACAACUUUUUCCCUCUCAAGACACCGCUGCAGCUCAAGUCAAUCGAGAAAGCACUCAUCUUUGAGCGAUUGCGCCCGAAGGACAAGGUGCACAUUGCGCCUGACGAAGCGAUGGUGCUACUCGACGACCUCUUGCCGACCAAGCCCAAGCCCAAGCGUGGGUACUUUCUCAAGACGCUACGGACGCAGCACUUUAAGGAAAUCCAAGACUACCUCGCGCUCCUUGAACGAAAACUCCACGAAGCCGACACGCACAACACGGGGCGGGUGGAGAUUGAGCGCAUCAAGAGGGCCAUGCAAGCGCUGGAUCCUAGCGUUUCGAACGAGUGGACCGGCGAAUGCAUCUUGCGGGGUAUUCCAAAGCGUCUCGUGGGCCACGUCGACUUGUCAAGUGUUGUCGAGUACCGCUGCUUUCUCAAAAAAAUGAACCAAGGACUCAUGAAGCACAGCCAAAACUUUUGCCCCGACGCUGACAUUGUGUCGUUUCACUCGGGGCCGCGGCACUGCGCCUUCAAUGGCUUGUCCGCCAUCUACCCAUCGCCGCAAGACUCAAUGCUCUAGUGAUUCGAUUCAUUCUUGUUUGAUGCAAAUUGAUUUACUAUAUUCCGA